AUGGAACCAGCCCCGCCGUCAACACGAACACAGAUAUACUUUUACACCAGUGGCGUUAGAGCGCCAGAACUUCCCACGCUCUCCUACUCCAUUAUGCAACGGAACCCAUCCAGGGAAGACAUUGGACAGCGGCCUGAUUUGUACGCCUACCCGCCUACCAGUGACUUCGGUACGUAUGCCAACAUAGCAGGAAACGACGAAAGGGAUGGAGUCUACUACAUGGAGGGUUCGAUGAAACAGCAGCCCAUGAUGGCGUCUUCUUAUCCAUCAGACUUUGCACAGGCCUCGAACGGCACUUUGAGUGGUAUCUCAGUGGAGAGCCAACAACGCCGUCAUCGGGCUAAUCGAAUCGAGGAACCAAGUGGCUACUGGGUCCUACCGCACACAAAACACCACAAGUCACCCAGUCAGUCCAGCUCUACUCCAACACGAUAUGUUACGCCCGGAGGACGAUACCUACAUCGUAAACCGAAGAAGCACACUGCAGGGGUGCAGUUCCGAGGAGCUGAAUAUACUGUUUACUCAACAGCUCCACCCGGUGGGGUGACGGAGGGAAGGGAGGAGGUCCAGCAAUAUUCCAGUCUCAGUCGUAAAGUUGAUCCAAACAUCUCAGUAAGUUCUGAUGUGACCCAUUGUAAACCCGCACAACAUUUCUGUCUCAUGCUUCGUAGCAUACAAUGACAUCCAACCUCUCGGAGUACUCGAAAGUUAUAUUCACAGUUAAAAGUCCCAGUUCAGCAAAACAUCCGGUUAGAGUUCUGCAGUCUGUUUUUAACCUGACGGAGCAGUUUGCACAGAGUUCAAUUACAGAUACAAACGCUGGGUAUUUCUGUAAUCUAAUUAUACACAGCCAUUAACCUGCGGGCUGGACGCAGGAAGCGAGUAAUAAUCCGAAUAAAGUAAUAACCUGCCGCAAUAUUCACAUGCCGACGAUUUGCUUAGACACUUUGACCCACGAACUAUAAAACUGCAUCAUCGACUUUUCUCACAUAUGCGGUUUACUACUCAUACUCGUAGUGGAGGACAUGUAUGUAAUUUGCAUACCCUUUCCCUGUGUACACUAGUAUAUGUGACUUCAUAUUGUACAAAUAGCGCUUUUCCUUCUUAAUGAAAUAGGAAGGCCCCUGAAAAAAUAGAGAAAAUACAGUAGAGAGAGAUAUUAAAUGUUCUUCCAUCAAACACCCUUUACGCAGUCUCACAAACUGGACAAAGUUUCAUACGACUAGGAGUCGACGGUGUUGUUAACCUAUAGAUGUCAUGUCUGCUUGUGAACUGGAACCAUCCUCGUGUUACGAUACUCAUCAUCUGAGAAUGUGUCAAAUCAACCAGUGCGUUCAGUAUCAUCGCAAUAGAACUUGAAGUAGUCUUUUUGCUGGAAUAUGAUGGGAGAGAGGGAGUUCUUUAUGGCACCAUGUGUGAUCCUGCAUAACUCUCACCUACAAAAGUCCUAGUCACAGGCGGCUAGGUUACUGUCUGUUCAGUACAGAUUAUCGUCUAUAAGUCCGCCUCAGAGACCUCCAGCUAGGCUGUGAUGAUUACCCUAGGGAAACUCGUACCGAUGCGAAAAUCAAAAUAUGCGAAGUCUGGGUCGUACGCUGUAAGGAACCAGCACGCGAUCGUUUCACACAAGACGGAGCGAUAUCGUGCGCCAGCCGCUAGUUCAUUUAUCUCAUCGAAAGUCUUCACUCAGUAGCUGGAGCCUCAGGACUGGGGGUGGGUGAAUUCUGCGCAGGUGGAUGUCCCCGCCGCCCGUAGAUAGUCAUAUUUCUUAUCAAGUGAGUAAACUUGUAGGAGUAAACUUGUAGCCCAGUCCACUGCAUAUUCAAGGGAGCUGCUGGUCAGCGAAUAAGUGAUUUGGCACCAAGUGCAUUUCACUGCCCUGAUUCAAAACUCUUUAAUCAGAAGGGCCACCUGAUGAGGCAGUAACCUCUGUCUGUAGAACUACCUCUAGUCUCACAAUGAUAGCCUAAACAGUGGACAUAUCUUCAUGCUACACAAAUCUUCAUCAAAGGCCUUACGUAAUCAGCAACCGCUUAUUGAAAAAGCAUAAGUCUCUGCGCCACUGUUUGAGGGCAGAUUGCUUGCUGCUCCGAGGGUAUAGGAACUUCGCUUAGCAGUAUUACAAAAGAUCUAAUCUCUGUAACACUGGACCUAUGGAAUAUCACGUUGCAAACCGCCUGGCGUACAAGUUGAAUACUGGGUUUCAAAAAGACUAGUCAAUUGAUGAAACCGCGAAAUCUGUGGUCAAAGUAGGGUGCUCUUUCUAAACGCAAUCGUGGAGUGGCCACUUAGGAUUACUUGAGUAGCUUUAAUCCUGACCCUAGUUAGAUACUGCAAGGCUACAGAUGGCUUAUCAAUUCUGACGUUUAUAUCAGUAUGAAUGUGCUCAAACCGCAAGUCUUAAUGACGAUACUACUUUCAAAAUCCUCCUACCAAUAUCAGCUGGUGCUCACAGUACUACCUCUCCGCGAACCUCUAGGUGGGUAGUCACUGGCUGGUUCAGUUCCGGGGUCUUUAAAAUGAUUUUGACUCUACAUUUAUGUUCACUACCAAAGGGGCAAGCUAUCAACGGCGGGAUCACUAGCUGCUCUCACACCUUUUAAUUCCCAUCUAAGUAUGAGGGAUCCGGCCGCGCGGAUUCUGUGUUCUUCGGCGGACUCUCAGGACUAGUGCGUGGGAAGAUGAUAGUUUUGCAACGUAUCGUUAUCAUCUUUUGUUUGGGAUCCAGCUGAGACUGGGUGCUGCAAUAUUUGAGCAAAAAGCAUGACUGGAAUUGUGCAUGAUGCAUGUGCAUCUCACAAUUAGAAACUUUUUAAAAACCGAAUUAUACUUUUCUUUUGAGUUUGAAAUUAGAAGAAGACGUGAUUUUCUACCGAAUAAGUAAAAGAAUGAAUAUUUUUAUGCAUGUUUUCCAUGAAAUAUAAUUGAAUUUUCGAGGGCAUCGAAAAUCAAUGAGAAAUGUCGUAAUACAUAAGUAGUCAUUUUUUGCAGAGUAUAGAUCUUGCAUGCAGCCGAAAAUAAGUUCUUUCGAAAGCCGACACCCCGAGGUAACUGGAUCAUUAUAUAUUUAUGCUGCAUCAUGAUUGGUUUUACAACACUACUUAAUUUAUCUUCUCGAAACGAGAACGCAUUUCGAAAUUUUUGUUGACAUUUCAUUAGUAAGCACAUCUACUGUAUGUGAUGUCCACAAGAUGUAGCACUUGAGGGAUGACUUAGUUGAGAUACUUCCGCAAUUAAUCCGCCAAAUCAGACGUCAAUAAUUUACUUUUGAACUAGCUUAUUUGCGACCGUAUGUGACAACAGUAUUCUGUAAAAAAAUGAUCGCUUAAGUUGCGCGAAUAUUUUCCACUGACUUUUGAUGCUUUCCCAAAUUCGACUACAUUUACAGAGAAUUAGCACAAACCUGUUCUUUCUGGCAUUUAUUUGGUGGAAAAACGUGUCCUCUGUACGUUUUCUACUUGAAGAAACACUAGUUUUCGUUUUUUCGAGAGUCUUAAUUCCGGAAUAAUUUUGAGCCCGACCUGUUGUUAUUUUGGGGUUCAGAGUUUGCAGUCCACCAGCUGUACGCUGUCCACGGAAAACGAAUAGUACAUCUCCUUAUGCUACUGAAAAUAUGUCAUAAAAGCUCAUAUACUUUUUCUAAAGAUGCGGACCAUGCCGUUUACUUUUUAAUUGGAAAUAUUAAGCGUGUUGAUGCAAUGUUCCCUGAGUAGACGUUUCACGGUCUUAGAAAACUUAUAAUUGGAAGCCUUAAAACAAAAGACGCUCUAUUUCUCCUGUAAGGCAUUUGAAGAAGACGUAAUUUUCUGCUUAAGGAAAACAAGCUGGGACACUUCUAUGCUUGUUUUCUAAAUAAUUCCCUUGAUUUUAUGAGGACAUCAAAAAUCAUCGGUGAGAAGUCAUGCUACUUAAGUAGCCACCUCUCCCAAUCUAUGGUUUUCGCGGACGGGCAAAAGUGGGCUUCUUCAAAGCUUGUUUUGCCAGGAAUUUAUCUAUCGGCGCAGCAUAACGCUAACGACCGCAGAUGAAAUUGCGGGACCUGCCGUUUACAAACUUUAUUCAGCAGAUCCUACAUCAAAAUGAUAACAGCACUCUACUUUCUGUCCAAGCGGCAAUUUCCUCAAGUGUGUUGGGCGGGAAAUUCGAGUGCGUGCACCUUACUGACAUAUCUUUGAGCAUUUAUGUAGGCAAAAAUUCGGCAUCCGUAGAAAACCGACAUAUACUUUGCGCGACUACUCGGGAGCCAGCGAGGGUCACUGUUGAUUAACCUCGACCAGUAAGGGCACAUAAAGAGUGCUGCACUGAACGGGUGAAGAUGGGGAGGGGGGGUUGCGGUGCUACGGGCAACAACAAAAGCAACGAUAGGGUUAAGGGCCACAAUUAGCUGUCCGUUAGACUGUGGAUCCUAUGCUGAUGAAGGCACUCACGAAAUCUAGCUAAGUACUGAUGACUGGCAUUUGUAUCCAAGAGCAGAGAAGCAAAAAAUGGUGAUCAACGAAACAUGGAUUAGGAGAUGAGAGAAAUGUCAGCCGGGAGGGUAGGCUCAGUUGUUCGAUUGUGAGGCACCCAUUUAAAAUGGAACGCCAUUGAACACCCAGCUGGAUACCGUAUCUGCGUACGUUCGUUACUUAACUCGAAAGCAUCAUCUCUGUAAUCGACUGUCUUCUCUGUUUGCCUACAGUGUGCGACCGAUCUCAUUAAAUGCUGGCCAAAAUUCUGAAAUGCGUUUUCGAUUAGGAAGGAUUACUUAGGUGGGGUUGUAAUGCUGAUUAUAUUGCGGCGUAAUCCUAUAAUAUCUCGGACGCAGCACGAUGUCUGCUUUUGAAUACACUGCUUUCCAAGCUUCUGUAGAAACCGUACUUGUUAAAAAGUGACCACUUAAGUGGCAUGCAUUUUUCACAUUGAAUUUUCGAGGGUUGUGUAAAUUCAAAUAUAUUUUACAGAAGAUAUGCACGCAGGUAUCCUUCCUUUCACUCAUUUGAUAGAGAAUCACAUCAAAGUUAUAUUUUUACUCGAAGAAAGAGUAUAUUUAGGUUUUACGUUUUCUAAUUCCCGGAUAAUUUGGAGUCUGGUCAGCCGUUGCAUUAGCGCCUAGUGAUUUCAGUCUUCAAAGUGCAUGCGUACCCCGUAAGGAAAAUCAUAUAUUCCUCUAUGCCCUUAAGAUGAUACUAUAUAGACUUCAUAAAAUUUUGCAACGGACUCGGACUGUGUUGUACAUUUCAUGAGGAACAGUGGUAAACGGACAAUUACGAUGCUGUGAGAAUGGAGAGUGCACGGUCUCAAAAUCCCAUCCUUAUAAACUUUAUCAAAACCUACUUGUACUCCUUCUUCGAGUAUAAAAUAUGGACUUGACGUGAAUUUACAUCAAAUCUUCUAUAAAAUAUAUUAUAAUUUAUAGGACCAUCGAAAAUUAAUGCACAAAAUGUAUGCUAACUAAGUAGUCAUUUUACCGAGUAUGCUUUCUGUAUAAAAUUUAAAAGCAGUAUAUUCAGAAGCAGACAUCCUGCUGAGUCCGAGAUAGUAUGGGGCUAUGCCGCAAUAAAAUCAGUAUUAGAACCCCACCUAUGUCAUCCUUCCUAAUCGAAAAAGCUUUUCGGAAUUUUGGCCAGCAUUUCAUGACAUUGGUCGCUCACUGUACAUUCCGUCAGCUUACUGUCCGGUGUACUGGUCCGCCCGUAAGCCCACACCCAAUUACCAACGUUCUCGUAUGACAUGAUCCACAGUAUGCCGACAGCUGAUCGGGGUCCUUCGCCCUACCGUUACUGGCACAACUGCUCCCGAACACAGUUUUCUCCCUCAUUACCGGUCUCUCCACUGCCCGGCCCUACUCCACGCUUGUAGCCAGUACCAGAAUAAGCUAGUAAGGUGUACUUGUUUGCUAACGUUUAAGUAAAAUAUACGAACGUUGUUGACUGGAUGAGGGAUCAUAAACCUGGUGAAAUUACUUUCUGAUAUGUUGUCAGUGAUGUAUGCCCUAGGGCUGCCUUGAUGCCAAUUUUAAGCUAAGAGAUAAUUCCUCAGUUCGAUAAAGGGCUGCCCCACCAGUUUCCCCCGAAAGAAUCCCUCAGAAACCGUCAAGAAUCGGCAGUCUUCCUGCCUCUCGUAAUCACCCACAUCCUCGCGGCAGCCGUAUCAAUGCAUUAGCAGAGCCCUAAUUUAUUCCUCACAGUCUAUGCGAGCAGCCUUAACGCGCGUUUUUUGCAUUAGGCAGCGUGAGUGUGUGUGUGUGUGUUUGGUGUCUCGAAGUGCUGCCCUGGGCUCUGGGCCACAGUGUUGCCGUCGAUGACCUCAGACCCCGCGCGACUUGCUUCGAAUUUGCAUCUUGCCUGCUAGCCAGAAAAACAGAGAAGGACUCGAUGCCGACGCGGCCCAUUGAUUGCCUGCCACCGUGACGUCUGUGGCGCGGUUGUUUUUCUCGACAGGCGCCACGAUCUUCUUGUGAGACGCGAUGACAGCCAACCACAAACGUUGGAGUUCUAACGCAGGCUUAGCCCUGUCACUGUUUAUAUCUUCCUCUCUCCUCCUGUCAGAUUCUUUCACGGAAUUUUGUCUAUUCACUUUCCAAAUCUGAUGAUCAGUAGGUCAACGAGGCAUAAGCAGAGGCAGGUGGUUUUGCGUCCACCGUUCACGGAACUCACUAGUUCGUUGCACUGCAGCGACGAUAUUACAGAUUGUUAGCGUCGAAUUUGAGCUCUGAUUGCUGUGUUAGAAAGCUGCGGCCCGUCGCAAGAUUUGAGAACCUAUUCGACACCUUUUCGAACCAGUCGUAGUGGUCUUGAAGUCACAUGGAGCUGAGAGACGACGGUCGUUGAUAGAACCAUCCUUUCUGGGAGGCGUGAGAGGGACGACAUUUACUUUUUGGUCAGCGAAGAUCCUUAGCGGAUAACUGACAAAUGCGCAUGUAAAAACGCCACUCUCCUGGUUGGUUACCCUAGCGAUUAACGCAAAUCAAAAUCGCCAUCGGAAAAGUGUGGAUUUAUUUGCCUACCGGGUGUCGUCAACAAGCAUUAAUAUAUGAUGAACCUAAUUCAUUUAAUUAAAAGAAGUGGUUGGAUUCCUACAAGUAUAAAAUUCGGAAACUGAGCCUGUAUAAAUGAGAGGGGAUAUAGCAGCCCAGUUUAAAAGCUCCACCGUGCGUAAUUUGAAAGUAUUCGACUCUUUCACGGGGUCAUUUAGAUUAUUCAGAAUGGUAUUUGGAAAUAACAAGCAAUCGAGAGCGUAUUCAUAGUCCAAGGCACACGAAUCAUACAUCAAGUAGGUGUGAGUCAAUGACAUUUGACCGAAAAGCCAAAUCUGCAAGCAAAGAAGUUUAAAUGGAAACAAAACCGAACGUUGCAUUCUUUUACAGCCUUUUCAGUACGCACAGAAGUCUGAAUUUAAGCUCCGCGGAUGUCUUUUUGCCUCUCUCAAUUGAAUUUGUCUCCGUUUUAGUUUCUAUUCGUGAGAUCCGGUCAUGCCUCAACAGGGUCUUCUUAAGGGCACACACAAGGUUACUUUGGCUUUGUCAAAAACUUUAGUCUGAUUGUUUUUGCGGACUCUGUAUUUUUGAAUUCAAUUCUGACGUUUCAAGAUGCAACGUUUGAAAAACCUCGGAGAGAAAGAGUUAAAAUUCAGUUUACCCAGAGUUUGGCCGUUACCUGCGCUUUCGAGCAACUUUAGCAUGUUCGACCUCGCCUAUUUUUCAUUUGGAAACGUCUCUGGAUCGGCGACUGACCCUUAUCUAUUAAUUGGAAACAUUUACGUUUGUAUGUCUCAAACAUAGGCUCAAGCUAAUUCACAAACAAGCGUUCAACCAUGCACUAAGCAAUUGCAAUCUGGUCGAUCAUCAGCGAGCUUUUUGACAUUCCCUUUUAUGCUGCUGGCUACCAACGCGGUGGUGAAAUGCGCUUUUAUAAAUUCGUCCAAAACUCCUAAACAAACCUACAGUAAAGUGUUUGCAACCUAAUUUGUAGAGCCUGCAUAGACUAUCAGAUAAGAAAUAUCUCCUUUUUAUCGCUGGUACGGAUCCCAACUCUGCUUAAAGUAGUCUAACUCGAACGUCACUACCCCCUGUGCAUUUGGACAAUUUAGAAGCGUCAAUAAAUCUCGCCCAUCCUAAUCAUUUCAUCGGUUUAUUUAGAUAGGUAAGUAACAGAUAAAAAUGGCGAACUGAUGAUACGUGUUGCGGGAGAAACAUGUUAGGUGUCAUAGUACUGAAGUUAGGUUUCCCUGGAUAUAAGUACGGAUCCACUUGGACGGAGCAAAGUACUCGGCAGCGGUAGGACGAAGGACCCCAAUUGGCUGUCAGUAAACUGGAGAUCGUGUCGUACGAGAAUUAAGAUGAUAGUGGGUUUUUACGGUUGAAGCAGCACGGUGGAAGGCAGGAAACCGCAGAAGACAGUCAGGGGCAAGAACGAUACUUCGGAAUAAAGCGACGAAUGGUUGCGGAUACGGUAUCCAGCUGGAUAUUCUAUGGUGUUCCAUCUUGAAGAAGUGUCUUACCAUCAAACAAAUGAGUCUAUCCUCUGACAGGGAUUUUUGUUACCCCUAAAUUUAUGCUCAGCCGAUCUUAUUUAAUUCCUCCGCCCUUGGGUACAACUCCCAGUAAUCAGCAACUAAUUAGAUUUCGCAAGUACAUACAUUAGCACAUGAUCAUCAAUCUACCGACAGCCAAUAGGGGUCGUCCACCCUACCGUUGCCAAGUAUUCAAUACUGGGACAUUUUUAGUCUGUUUAGCGAAGAAUGAGCAAUCUAUGCAUAGUAUCUAUACAACCAUUUUCCAGUGCAAGAUGGGGAUAUGAAUUUUUGAAGGAGAACCAGCGUCAUGUCAACUUCAUGGGUUAUUCUGAAGGCCACUGUGUAUAUAAAUUCACUGGUAAAGGUCCAGUAGGUCUUUCUGAAAGCGAUAGAUUUAUCUAGCCUUACUAGAUUUCCCCUCUGAAUGCGCAACAAAAGGUUAACUAGGCAAAAGAAAACUAGCUGAAGUCUGUAGACUUUGUCUAAACUCAACGAUAUUUGUCCCCAGAGAUAGCAUCCAUGUAUAGAGAGAAUGUUAACCCAUUAUAUUAUGACUGUUCUCCUUAACCUUUAAUACCUUCAUGAAAGAAUGUGAGACAGAAAAGACUUAUGCCAGUCCCCAACCAGGACAUGGGACUAGGUACCUCCGCCCAAGUAAUAAAGAUUGACUUGCAUAUAACUCCGGAAAGGGCAGAUAUUCCCAUGUCCAAACUCCAACAAUAACCCUUACCUUGGCCCUCGCCCUACCAUAAACCCCAAGUCUGCAGCUACCGCUAACCCCCAACUUAACCCUUAACUUGAUUUUGAUUUACGUACCGGUAAAUUUAAAUCAAGUCUCUAGCUUAAUCCCAAACCUAACCUAAAUUUCACUGGAAGUUGGCCUAGAGUCACUGGCAUUCCAGGCUGUUCCUGUUCUUAUGUCCUGUUCAGGGAGCCGUAAACCUAAAAUCUCAUGACGCUGUUUAAGUGAUGCCUCCGCCGUGACGGUCAAGCUCUAUCCAGUAGGGUUUCAAGCACACUGAGGAUACUCGCAAAUUCGCCCAACGAGACGCAGCUGAAUACGUUAUUACCCCCUGGUUGGUUUAUGGUAGCUUUACAAUCUGUGGAUUGCUCUUCCACGCUGUUGUCUGUCAAAAGUGCAGUAGAUAGUGGACGACGCAUAAACUUCUACUUCACUCACUUCCUUAAACAAAAGGGCGCUGAUUGUGUAACUUCCUUGGAGCAUGGAUCGCCUAGGUUCUACGGAACAUCCAGCGAAAAGUUUUUCGCACCCUUCUGUGCAAACAAAUGAGACAGAAUGGAUAUCUACCUGGACCACUCCAGAAGAUGAGCAACGCUGCCAAAAAAUUGAUCAAAACUUACUCUUGUGACAUCAAAGUCACUUACUGGCAUACUUGACGCGAAUGGCGCUACAAGAAUAAUUUUAGGCAGAGAGGCUGGCAGCAUGAGCAGCAUGGUCAUGAAUAAAUUUUUUGUGAAUUUGCUGCACAAAAGACCUUGCCCCACUUCAAAAAGGCUAGUAUACUUUGCAGACUGAAUAGACGGAACUGUAAUAAGGCUAUCUUGAAACACACAGAAGUCUUUUUCAACUAACCGGUUUUAUCAGAGGCUGCAACGGCUAUCGAAAAAUUAUUUUUACCUAAAAUUGUUUCCUCCGUUUGAAGUGCCCUGGGUGUAAGAACUGCCAUCCUUAUCCAAGUUACCGCCUCGAUCCUACUUUUUCUUUUUGGUGAAAUGUUUCUAAAUUCCAGAUUUUUUUGUAGUAGCCGUCUCCUUUUUUGAUCUGGUUUUCCCAACACCACUGUGUACUGAUCUUCCUGUGCUCUCACUAGCAGCAGUGUCAUGAGCUUGCCUGUUUAUGGUUUCAUUUUGUAAAAGGGUAAGGAUAGGUUGUGGAAGCCCACUUGGUUUAGCGCGCAUAGGUAACUGCUAUAUUUUUUUUGGAAGGCCUUGUUUGUUUUAUUAGCCCAUAGCUACAGAAAGUCACCCUUGUGUAUCAACUAACACUCUGAUAUAACGACAUGCAGCGAGCUCUUUCAGUACGACUUUUAAUGAUAAAUUAUUUAGCGUGAUACUUUGGCUCUCUCUCUCUCUCCUCGCAAUCCCUUUGUCUUAUCUUGAUUACAUAGUUAUCUCAAUGUGCUUGUAUUGCUUUUGGUUUUCGAUUCCGCACGCCGUGACUUACUUAUUUCUUCCCGAAGAGUAGUUAAACCUCUUUGUGCCAUGUUGCUACUCACUCAUGCGUUCCGCAAAGAGUGUCGGUUGCCUUUUGGUUUUCUUUGCCUUGGUUAUAAUACAGACAAUCUGCUUCCUCAAUAUCUCUGAGCGGUUUCUGACUUCGAACGCGUACGCCCGACUUAUUUAUUUCUUCAAGAAUACUUGUGCAUAGUCCCUCACAUGAGCAACAAUAGGAGUUAAAUUUAGUUGAGAGGCGGGGUUACAGAACCUACCGCUGCCUAUAAAAUCUUUAAUAGAAAGGCUUAAACAAGGAGAACCAAGUCCUCAAGGGCAAAGUCCUCAAGACCAUUAGGGACUUCGCAACAUCUGAGUAGAUCAAUGUCCCUCCUUAAUGAAAAUAUCUGAGGUUUACUUGGCAUCAUUUGUGCUGACUGCAUAACUAGACUGCCUUCUUUAUUUAGACGCACUGUUUCAUCUGAAAAAAAAAUCACUAUUUAUUGCAUUCUGUCUAAGCAGCGGAGUAACAGGUUAAUCGUAUUUGAAGCGCAUUUUCUUGUAGCAAAUCACUGACCUACCGGAAAAUUUUGAUCCCUUUGCAAAAGGACCUUUGUGAAUCCGAGCGAACAGUGGCAGUGUUCAGAUUUCGCAAAGAAAGAUAACUCACGAUGAUUUAACAAAUAAAAAAUUGCCGUUUAAAUAGUAUACAAAAUGAAGGCUGUUCCAACAGCUCUUCAUCUCACGAUCGCUUCUGAGUUCUUAAUCUGAGCCGCAAACAUUUACGUAGGAAUAAAUAAUAGAUUAAAAGAACGCCGGCGUUUUUUAUUGUCUACUGAGCUAUGUGUUAUACCCUCAUUGGGGCAAAAGAGAAAAAACAAAUAGUUUUGGUGAUAACUCUUCAGACGGUUCACGGACAUUUCAAGGCAUAUACCCUUUUAUUAGGCAAAAACAAAGUGUUUAUUUAAUCCAGACUACUGAAUGAUUUAUUUGGACAAAUUUAUGGAAACUCUGCCGACGACAUGGUUGCCCAAGUAAUGUUACUGCUCAAUUUGGUUUCAAAAAGCGCCACUAGAAUUAAUUCGAUGACUGACAAUCUUUCUUAGUUGCUAAUAUGUUCUCUGAUAUGAUCGCAGAUUGCCAUUCAGAAUUUUUGGAAAAAUGUGUACGCAGUGCCUAAUCGUAUAACUUCCCCUAUUUCUAUCUACCCACAGAUGUGUGGUUGUUGACAUGGGAUUCCAUUCUUUUAUGCAGAUUCCUAGAAAAUAAUGGCGCCGUUAAAUGAUCUGAUCUCCACGCCUUAGAAGUAACUAAAUCAUCUGAGCUUAUUUAUCUUUGGAGAACCAAGCAUAGAUGUAUCUCUGUUUCUGUCAAACCAUGUUCCAUGGACAGUUUUUUCGCUGGGAAUUGUUUCCUUCAAAGCGAAACCCUAUUCUUUGUCACCCAGUACAAGAACGCAGGCAGGAGGGGGAUGGCGUUAUGGAGUUUUACCCACUCAUAACAUCAUAAGAAGAGAAACAGUGGACAUAGUGGUGACAGUGUCUACUCUGUGAUUCAGUUUCUGUGUACGGAUGGUUUACUGUGUGUGUGUGUGUUUGUGCACGACCUGUCAUGCACCUCUCCAUGAACCAAGGUGCCGCCUCUGUAUGCAUAAGAACUGUCCCCAGACGGGCUGCCAGUCUGGAUGUGUGCACAAGGUUGCUGCGUAUUCUAUGCAAAUUCCGCGAACUGACACAUCCACCUUAAACGCCACCUACCCCCCCCCCCCCACCUACGGGGGUGUGAGAGUUGUGAACGGCGUGGAUUCGAGUUACCUAGUCUCUACCCGUUGUUUAUGCGCAGAAUUGCUAGCCUUGUCGCGGUGACUUUUGAUGCACGAUGAGACUUCACGAGUACAUGCCAUGUUUUGUCGACGCUACAGUGUUUCGACCGUCCAAAGCGCCGCAUUCCUCUGAAUCAAGGGGAGAAUCCCUGAUCCGAAUGUUUAGGCCUACUGAAAAAUUCCACCCUAAUCAGCAGGUCAUGGGAAAGAGUCCCAGGGUUGGUGAGACCUGGAGUUGGGCAUGACUGGCUAAUGACGGUUGAUAGGCCAGAAACGGUCAUUCCAAUCUCUCUUGUCCUUUCCCGUAGGGCUGUUAUACAUAAUUUUCUCUGUGGCGGCAGAUAGUCAGUAAUAAAUAUCCUGGGAUUCCUCAGUAACUAUAUUUCCUCUGGGGACUGUCUUUUGAAGGCUCAAUGUUCCAAUGCCAUAACCAUCUGACUGCUGUAGAUUGGGGAGGGGAGGAAGCCUCUGGCUUAUCGACUGCUUAGGAGAAAGAGUAAAAACUAAAGCCGGACAGUAGUGAGUAGCAUAGUACACUCAUUGUGCGAUCUUGGGUUUCAAAGACGCAUGUUUAUUUUCUCCUCAAGUAAAUUAUAUUAAACCAAGAUUACGACAGCAAACAUCAAAACAAAAGUCCGAACGAGUUUUUGCUAACUUCUCGAAAGGUUGUGUGAAGGUUUAAAAUUGGCUUCGCUGUUUAGAUGACAAUGUCAGGUCUUAUUUUUCCAUAUUCGGAACUCUUAUUUCCAUAAUUAUGGCACUAAAGUUCAUGUUCUGUUAGCGGAAGCUGUUCUGCAACAUGAAGUGACGUUAGGAAAGUCUUUUGGCCUUAGACGAAUGAAUUAACUAUCCAUUAUGGACUAAGAGUUGGAUCACACAGGCCAGUUCUUUUUCGCCUUUCUUAAAACUCAACCUUUUGAUGGACGGAUGACAAUCGUUUUGUAGAAAGAUCAUUACUCUUACACAGACGAUUCGAUUUUCGGGACCUUAUGUAUUGAAAUAGGCCGCUUGAUAUGGCUCUUACUUCUGGUCGCUUUAAAGUCUGCGGGGUGCGAAACUGACGCAUUCUCACUAGCUCGGGCGGUUAGAGUACUCGACAUGAAGUUGAAAGGUCCAUGCCAGGACAGAAGUCUUCUCGCCGCUCUGAUUUCACAUUUCUAUAGCCCGCGUGAAGAAGCAGUCGCUGUUUCUCCUGAUUUUCACUCCGUCGCAGCGGAUUACGUUUCUUGUGCGUACGACACGUUACCGGAUAGCCCACAAAGACACCGUAGGUUCUUAGAUAUGUCAGUGUGAGGAAAGUUAAGAAGAGAGAAAAGCAGCUGUCACAAGCAGUGAACUAUGAGGACGCUUGUUGGGCGUAAAUCACACCGCGGUAAACACUAAGGCCUGUGCGAGGUGAGAUGGUUGAUUUCAUUGGACAGCUGUUGAUUCAGCCACCUCCAUGACGUGUAUUCGCUAAGACAGCCGGGAAAUCAAUUGGAGGAUCUAUUCAGACUUCACAUCAAAGAUGUUGGCAGAACCUCAUCACUUCAAGUUUUAGAUUACCUUUUUGCAUCCAGUGGUGACGGACAUACCGUCUUCAGCUGUAUCCAUCCAGGGUCGACUUGACGUUUGAAAUGAGAACGACGCACCUUCCUUUAAAUUGUAAUUUAUUUGAGAGGCAUGCGGACGUGUUUUCUAUAGAACUCAUGAUGCAUUAAACAAUUAUUUAUUCAUUCUCUUUCUGUCCAUAAAUUGCUUUGUUUUUUGGACUUUUCUUAAGCUACUGACGGAUCUUUUCCAUGUCUGAGCAAAUGGGGUUCGGCGAGAGAGAACGACUUCCCGACGUAAUGCAGUCCUCGUUAGUUACGAAGAUCAGACAGCAGUUGUCAAAGUCUAUAGAACGACUGAGCAGAAAACACAGAUAGAAGUGUUUUCGAACCCUUCUGUCGAUAGGGCAUUCGAGAAUUCCACUGGCAUUUAACAGGAUCUUUCGUAUAAAAAAACUCCUGUAAGGUCCCUGGCUCUUUUUCAUCUUGACAACACACUUAGUGGAUGGCCAGUUAAGUGCAUACCCAGUGGCGUCCUUUUAAUGGUAGAUCCAUUGGACAUUGUAUUCACUUAUUUUGGUUCUCAGUAGCGAGGUACGGCCAUGUAGCUUUUCCAUCUCAUUUCUAGCCUUCGGCUGGGGAAAUAGACACGCCGGAGAAAAAUUUGCUUAACAAUCUUUAUCCCAAAUUUCGUGACAAAACUCGUGUGCACGCGCGUUCUCGACUAUUCAUCACCGGCCAGUGGUAUAAUACACGUUUCGAGAGGGUACUGAAUGGUGUCAUAUCCAGACCUCCUCAGCCUUCUCCGCCAUCUCUUGUCUUUGGUUUUUUUGUAAUUCAUAUCAAACGUUUGACGACAAGGGCCACGACUCUCCAGGCGGUUCGGUGAUAACUUGCACAUCAAUCAUUUAUACAGGGGGAGGGGGGGGGAUGCGCGACAUCCAACCCGGUCUCGCCUCCCACACACGAAAGUUCGACUGUCGAUUUCGACGAUGUCUUCCGUAUACCCCAGAGCAGUUGGUGGGAGCAGGGACGGUGAAUUACAUGGGGGUUUAUAGGACCAGUAGACUUACUCUGCAUCUACCACACUCUCUCCUCCCCCACCUGAGCCCGGUGUCAUGACAGAGCCAAGAGGACAGGAGACGAGGGCGGCCGCGGGUGGAUGGCUUGGACGGAUCCUCACUUUGGCGCUCCACUCCGCAGCCCCUGGUCCUCUCAACAACUGGCCAGGUUUUUAACGACAAAACAAUGGAAUGAUGACAGCGAUCCCAGUUUGUGCGACGACUGCCGACAACAGGGUCUGCCAGCGCAUCCCCUGGAUGUUGGCAUUUGUUAUUGCGCAAAGAUAACGCCUGCCAGAGUCCGAUGUGGCCCCCCUGUGUUGGUCCAGCGCAUCUAACACGUGACCCGUUUAGGGGGAGCAACACACACAUGCACACGUCAUUCUCCAAAAUACCAGACGUGGCAAGGAUAACUGGAGGCGCAUGUAGGCACAGCGAUUGAUGUGAGUAACCCAGCGUCGUCACGUGGCAAACAUAAACUGGUCCCUAAGCUCGCAGGAAUAGGGGUCCAGUCUCCAAAAGCGCAUUGAGAAGGUUGUCGAAAGCGUCAGACUUAAAGUAGGCCUUGGAGAUUCCAUCCCCGUCAGUCGGCAACACCUGAGGCAUGAGACUGAGGUUUCCUAAUAGAUAAAAGCGGCUCGGGUUGUAGCUGGUAAGGAAAAGAUGUGAUGAAUCAGACUCUCAUUCCAUGCCUUCCGUGGCACCUCCGCGUCCAGCCAAUCGGAAGUGAGGUCUAGCACGGUGGUUGACAGGGCGUAAAGCCCCAGCUAAUGCACACCGCAACAGCCAAUCCCCUUUCGGUACCGCAAUUGUGUGCUCGACAAAAUGGGAUUUUGCCUCUUUGACAGUGUUGACAAUAACCCAACCGACAAGGACAAGAGGGAUUGGAGUGGUCAUUUCGGGCUUAUAGGCCGUUAUCAGCCAACCACACCCAGCUCCAGGUUUUCUGAACCCCGGAGGUCCGAGCCCGCGACUUCUUGGCUAGAAGCCCGUUGUGUCGUCACUUUCGACCGGGCUUACUAACAUUAGUGUAGGGGGUUCACCGAUCGCGCUAUGGGGACAAACUCGUCCCGUUUUGACUUGGUGCUCAAUCUCCAGCCCCGCCGGAAACCUUUUAGUGAUUAAUGUUAUAUGCAUCGAGCCAUCAAGCUUGUGGCUCAAUGGCUACGACAUUGGAAUUCCAACCGACAGCUCGCGAGUUUUCAGGGGUUAAAAAACAUGCGAUUAAGUAUGGCUAGCUGGUGAUGGUUAAUAAGCCAGAAGUGACAAUUCUAGUCGGCAUCUUCUUCGUGGUUAAUGAUGUUCUGUCCACAAUACCGGCCGCUGGACGGUUGCCCCCCGGACUCGAGAUUCAGCGUCAUAGGAAAACGGGACGAAUAUUUCGAAACGCGAUCGGUGAACGUCCUUACACCAGUGUUGCCUUGGUUGCGGUGUGGGCUACCGUUGAAAAAACCUCCCCAGCGUCCGCGUUACUCCCUUCUUCCAGACUCCCAGAUAUGUGGUAAUAGGACUGCAUUAAAGCGCCUCGAAGUACGCUCUUGCAAUGACACCUUGCCUUAAAUUCUCCGUAGACUUGUUAGUUUUCCUAUCAAAACGAACUUGGCUUGAUUGCGAUAACCCCUUAAAUCCAAACUUCUGUUUAGUACACCGUAAAAGCGAAACUGUUUUCUGUGGCUAAGGGGGAUUCGUGAACACACACACGAACAUGCUCACACGAUAGUUCGACAUUUUCGGCGACGUCCACCAUGUACUCCACAGCAAGGUGGAGCAGGGACGGUGACUUAUGCAUGGAUUAGCUUAUGGUGAUAGUAGACUUGCACUGUGUCUACCGCACUCUCUCUUCAAGAAUACCGGAGACGGGGAGAGCGCAGGUGGGUAGCACGGUCGAACCCGCAACUUUACGCUCCACUCCACACUUCCGACCCACACAGCAACUGACCUGGAUUUUGACAAACAACAAUCGGGGGAGCAGCAGGCAGCCCCUUUAUGCGCAACGUACGUCGGCAAUUGGAUCUGCCACCGCAUCCUCGAAAUGUUGACAUUUGUUAUGCUGCGUACGCUGAUAACGCCUGCCAGAAUCCGAUAUUCCCCUCCCCCCCCCACGUGUUCGUCCAGCGCAUUUACUGCGUGGCCUCUUUGAGGGACACACACACACACGCACACACACACACGACAGCUCGACGACCAUCGCCGAAGAUGUCCACUAUGUGCUCCGCAGGCGCCGUGACUUGUGCGUGAUUUCACUAUAGUGAGUAUAACCUUGCGCUGCAUCUACCUCACACUCCCCUCCUCCCCCACCUGGGUCCGGUGGCAAGACAGAGUCGAGAAAACUGAAAGUGGGAGGGGACGCCAGUGGCUGGCAUGACGGGCUUGUACAAAGGCGUACCAUCAUACUUCCUGGUCCAGAACAAACAUCUGACCAGAAUUUUAACCAUCAACAAUAAAAGGGUGACGGCAGGGGUCCCAGUAUGCUCGACGUGAGUCGGCAAUUGGGUCUGCCACUAGCCCCCAAGUUUGGCAUUUUUUAUAGUGCGCAUUCCCGAUAACGCCUGCCACAAUCCAGUGUGGCCCCCGUGAUGGUCCAGAGCAUGUGCCGCGUGGCCGGUUUUGACGGCAAACGCACACUCACACACACAUUGUUAACGAAGGUAUAAUGACCCAUUAUGCGUCCCCGUUUUUUCCGACAUAAUAUUUCCACUUGUCUUCUCCCAUAGUUCAGACCACUACACCCAAGUGCUUUAAUUGUAGCAGUACCUACUCCUUCUCAUUCUCCUUUUCCUCAUAUUUCCUUCUCUUUGUUUUAGGUUACCUUCCAUUAUAACCCUGUGGACGACUUGGAGUCUGCUUUCAACAAUGAUCUCCUCGUUAGAAUGCAAGCCCAGUGUCGUGCCUACCUGGCCAAGUUAGAAAAACGCAAAAAACUUGUAAGUCUUUUUCCCUGCAUGUUCUGAAACAAAAAGCAGCGAAACCUUGAGGUGACUAGGUGAUUGUAAGUAACCCGUUUAUCGCAGCAUAUGAAGAAUUUAAUAAAUUAUUAAUGCGUAAAAACCAGUCAGAAACUCAAUAAGAGGCCUUCCCUUUCUGGUACUGUUUGGGAUGGCCUCUCAAGUAAGACUUUUUACUCACGGUAAAGGCCUCGUUUCUUGUAAGAACUCCUUCUACGAAUCAAAGUUUGAGUAGUUAGUACUACAAUGCCAAUAUAUGACAAAAUAUUUCAAACAGUUAAAGUUGGUUUGUAGCCUACUACCUUGAUGGAUUUGCGGUGCACCACUUGAGUGGCUUUCUCCCUAGAAAUGGCUCGUGAUGUCAACGACGGUGUCGUGAAAUCCACUUCCCCGAUUUUUAUCUCCACAUUUGUAAGUAAGCGAAGGAAGUUAGGCAACAACAGGGGAGAAUGAGUGACUAUUUCUGGCCCCCUAGCUGUCGCCAGAAAGCCAUACUUAACCCCAUUUUUUGCAAGGUCCGAGGUUCGACUCUGGAUCCAUUUGAUCAUUGUUCUUAAGUCCACCACUCUACCACUUGAGUCAGGGGCUCGUCACAUUCUCGAUGGCGAUCUGGGAUAGCAACUAUGGUGGAAGAACGUUGGUCGAUAAAGUCCCAGCUGGCUGACGACGGUAAAUAAGUUAGAAAUGGCCAGUCCAGUUAAUGCUGUCUGCAAGGCAAGUAUUCUCAUAGGUAAGUGAUAGCUGAUCACGCUUCAGAAGACCGCUUAGUAGGAAUACGCCGUAAGAGGAAGUAAAAGUGUUUGCAUUCACGUUUCGCUAUUAGGCGAAAGCUUGUUUGCCUUGCCUUGAACGCUGCUUGGAAGCAGUCGUCCGUUGCUGCAAAUGAGGAAAUGGUGCCUGCGGCUUACUUCAGAAAGUGAUUUAAAACUGUCUUCGUUCCAUGAAUUUACGCCGGUUGUCACUGAUUUUACCAGAGUAAACACCAUCCCUGACUCGAGUUCUUUUGCUUCUUGACACGAUAUUUAAGAUUUCUGACAGAUGUGGAAAAUGAGUUACCAAAAGGUGGUUACUCCGUCCAGUUGCUUUCAGCGGAUGCUGCAGAGUCCAGCCUCUUUAGACAGCUUGUAUACUGAGUAUUUACGUCCUGAUCAAUUUAUUCUGUUUUAAUUGCAGAAGGAGGAUGAUGCCGUUAGAUGUAUUCAACGAAAUGCUGCCGCGUACUUUGAUCCAUGGAUCCGUCUGAUCCUGGCCCUCAAACCACAUCUGAAACGCCAUCGCCUUGAGGAUGAGAUUAUUCAACUUAAGGUAGGGAUUUGCGUCUAUGGAAGCAAUGUAAAAGUUAUUUCGAUUGGACCGAAUGACUACCAUUAGGUCUUUAUCAUGUCGGUCCAUUUACAGAGGUGCUUAAAAUUCCUGGCACGCAAUAUGACGACCAAAUGCGAAAAUGUUUGUCUACUAGCACACGAAAAAACUCGCCUCGAGGAAUCCCGAGGACAGCUGCUUUACCUCAUGAAUUCCCGACAAUGUCCACAUUCAAAUGGCGAACCUAAAUAUGCAUCAGGUUCUUUUUGAGAAAUUGGAAGUAAAGAAUUUCUAAUUUUUCUUCCCUGCAGAGUGAACUCGAGAGAUACAAGGCGAUGGUCAAGGUUCUACGCUACGAAAACGUGGCCUAUCAGGACAAAAUAUCCAGACUUCUACAGCUGGUGCGUUGUUUUGUUGUACGAAUUGUGACUGAUUUCAGUGACAGUUAAAACUGCAUCUAAACGAGGUUCAAACUGCGCGGGAUGUAUGUGUGUUAUGGUGAGGCGUGGUGUGGUAGUACGUCUACGUGCGGAUUUCGAAGUGCCAUCCCGUCCCUGACCUUCUUGACUCUGUAUUGACACCGGACGCAGAUGGUGAGGGAGAGAGAGAGUGCUGUAGAUGCUACUUAAAUCCACUAUCAGUAUACACUAAUUCCUGAGCAAUUUACCAGCCCUGCUCUCACCCUGCUUUGGGACGCACAGUGGAGAUCGUCGAAAUCAACGGUUGAACUGUCGUCAUCGUCGUAUGUUAUGGCACUCUCAUGCACGUGAGAUGGGCGCCGUCCACCGUCUUCUGUGGGGAAUUGUGAGGCCAAUUAGUAUUCCCAAUCAUAUUGGCAGUGGUAAAAAUGACGGCAUAAAAGUGAUGGGGGUAAAAGUGGAGCAAGAGAGGGGAGAAACCUGCUGGUAUCAGCGGACUAAUGAGAUCUCAGGUUGGGACAUAAAGUAGGUCGAAAGCGGUCAUUGACUGGCCUAGGGCCGUCAUAGCUGGCCGUUAGAUGGAAUCGAAUUCGUGGUUUUAGAAGCCCUUUACAUGAGUCACAAAAGUGCUACAUAUUACACUGCGAACAAGAUCGAGAUUAUAAUCGCAGCUCGAAGAAUGAUCGUUCAUGUAGCAACUUUCAAGCACGGAAAACAUCUGUCCCUCGAAUGACAACGUUUGCCGCAGCCAUAAGUGCUUAGCAUCAUCUAAGUCUGGCUAAAUUAUGCGCGGAAUAGAAACAAGAUGGAGAGUUUGGCUCAUCAAUAAAUGUCAUUCCUUUUAGAGUUUCUUUCUAUCGCCCGGGUACUCACAUGUCUGCAGACCGGGAAAAGGGUAGAAUUCGGACUAUGAUUUUCAACCAUGAGUAACAUCCGAGGAAGAACUUUGCUGCCGCUGUCGUUUAAAAAGAACUGGAUGGAAAGUUUUGCUAGAAAGCACACGCGCCAAGCACGCUGGGUAACAUGGAUUAGCUAAUGUGGUACAUCGCCUGAUUACAAAAUCAGACCCCAUACCUUUCUGAGUGGUCCAGUAGGCAAGCUUCUCAUUUUCAGAACUGAAAUGUCAAUCAACCCCGCAGAGUAUGAUCACUCACCAAAAGCCUGAUCAUUAGCUACUAGCCUGAUGGCACCACUACCCCCGUGUGGUGAUUUUUUCCGCAAACGUGGAAAGAAAUGGGCCAGCUCUAGAAAGUUUACCUUGUGUGUCAAGGAAAUCGUCACUGAGGCACUCAGAGGAUGCUGGCAGAGGGCUCGUCUUCUUCCAGUCACACUUCUUGACCUGAGACCCGGUUGCCAGUCAGUGGUAACAGACAACAGCUGACCUCGAGGCCUGCACAUGCGUCGCUACGAGUGCCACACAAACGUGACCCCAUGCGACGAGCUGGACUGAGAGGAAUUUGUGUAGUUUGCUCCUUUCUGCUCUUUGUCUAAGCUGCCGCUUGCCAGAGAUGGGGGGGGAGGUUGCGCGGGUCGUAGACUGCGAUUCCCAGAGGCAGACACUCGCGCAUCCCGAGGUCAGUGCCUCUGACCCACCGGAGCUAGGGUUCGUUUGGUUGUGAGGUAAAAAGUUAGACAAUCCUGAGCUCGUGUCUCUACUGGGAGGUUUAUCAUUUGCAGGUGACUGGAGUAAGGGUGGAAAGAGUUGAGGCGGCAAGGCAGCCGUCUGUUGCUCUUUACCGUCAGACACUUCCUCCAGUAAUGUAACCAAACAUUUUAGAUGAUGAUGAUGAUGAUGAUGAUGAUGAUGAUGAUGAUGAUGAUGAUGAUGAUGAUGAUGAUGAUGAUGAUGAUGAUGAUGAUGAUGAUGAUGAUGAUGAUGAUGAUGAUGAUGAUGCGAUCACCGGAACAAGAUGUUUACUGGCCUGAGGUUUCGAAUUCUCACUUGGACCCAUCGUCAGAGACGGUUGCAGAUGAAGGAAUAUGGGAGUGAGAGAGAGCAUGUUGAUCGUUGUCGACUUAUGUUCACCCAAAUGCUUCCACAGGUUUUUACCACACAAACACGAUUUAACAGCGCGCCUAUAUGUAACUUCCCGAUCGUAAUACGCAUACCACCAAGAUGUGUUUGUCUGUUUCCAUGAAAAGUUUGUAGACGCUGUUGGUUAUGACGUGCAAAAAAUCUGGUUUUCUUAAAUUUUGUCUUUUUUAUAGCUGGACCAGAUGCAUCCCGGCGGCGUUAGUGGUGAUCUCGUAAACCGUCUCAUCAAGGAAGUAAGUUAAUCUUGAACUUUGUUAUCCCGAUUAAAAUAACUGGAUCUACAUUAGAUAUGCUACUGCAUGAAAUUUUACCCGAAAUUCUGAAAUGAGUUUUCAGUACGAAAAGAUUAGCUAAGUAGGACUAUUAAGUUAUUUGUUAUGCCGCACAAUGUCAAGAUAUUCCAGUCCCGCCGGGAUGCCGGCUUUCGAAAAAUCUUUUUGUCUGCCGCCUGCUCGAACUACAUUCCUUGAAAAAUGACUGACUGCGGAGUAUAAAUCUAUUCCAUUGAAUUUCGAUGCCCUUAUAAAGGUAGUUCACAGAAGGCAUGAAUAAAAACAUUCUUUCUCUUACUCUGUUGAUUUACUAAGCUACUUAAGUGCUUCUGCGUCGCCAGAGAUUAAAUAAGGGCCUUACGGGCUCUCUAGUGAGCCCAACCAGCAGCCGCGCAACGGCGCAUGGUAUAGGUAGAAUGGCAUUGCCGACAAAGAUAAGGGAGACUGGAAUGACCAUUUCCGGCUUAUUAGCCCUCGUCAGCCAGUCAUACCCAACCCCGAAGUGUGGAACAACUGGGGCUCAAUCCUCCACCCUGUUAGUUAGAAGUCCAACGCCUCUAACUACUGAGCCACGGGCUCGUUGUCUUGUCGGUUGCUAUCAGGAAUAUACAUUGGUAGACUAGAACAGAUAAACUGGUAUAUGUGCGGGUAUGCAUUUAAGCGGAAGGUUUUGUUACUUUACUAAGGAUACUAAAUAAAAGUAUUUCAAAUUAUUUUGAGUUGCAAGCUUGCAUGUCCCUAAAUACGGUCUCAGAGAGUGAGGACUUGACUUUUUGGAAAAAAACAUUUUGUUCCUAUGAGAAAUGCUGAAUUUUCAAAACUGGUCUAUAUAAUACAGGAAGUCUACUAAAGUGAAAGUAAGUAGAUGUUACCAACUGCUUUGAGGCGCUAGGAACCACACAAGCCCAAUGAUGUCCGUAAUGAUCAAAUCCAGCUUUGUGGCCGUCGCUAAGCGUCCACAACCUGGAUACACACCUAAGCAACCUUUGGUUCGAGCUCUAAGUUAAACGUUCAACUAGUAAAUCAUAAUUCUGUCGUCUUAUUGGCUGUAGUCGGGACAAAAGUUAUUCUGCAAGGACACUUUCACCACACAAAGCGUUCAGGUUCGAAUUUUAGGCUGUCCAGGCCUGAGUCUGAAGCCUGGCCGGCUGAUGACGACUAAUAAGUCAGACAUGGUCGUUUCAGUUUAGCCAGUCCCGGUGGGUAUUCUACUUGCACCAUGGGGCCGCAGGUGAAGGCCAUAGUUAGGAGAGCCAAGGCGAGCGGAACAAGCAUGUUCACUCCAAAAAUAAACUCCCGAAGCUUCCCUUCCAGAGUAUUAGUUGAAACGGAACCAACGUACAAUGUGAUAUUACUGAUAAAACAGUCGCGGUCCACAUUAGUCCGCAGCAGUCUGACGUUUCUAGACUGUACCAUUACAGCAAAUAGGAAUGGUCUAAAAGGCCCAAUUUCCAUCCAUAACGAAUUUAAGCGGCGUGAAAAUGACUAUAAGCAAAUUACAAAUACGAAACCAGUGAUCUUGGACAAAUUCUUAACAAAGAGAGAAGCGUUUUCUUCAAAUAUUUAAAAGGCUAAUCCCAGGUAACGUAAGUAAACAAACUAUUAGCAGGCCGCAUGUGUGAAUACAGAUACCUUCAAAUCAAAAUUCGUUCCGAGAGUAUCUCGCAUUUUCUGUGUAGUCCUUCAGCUAAAAACCGGACUGCGCAUGAAAAUGUGUAUGUACGUAAAUAUAUAUUAGGCGAAUAAUUUCAGUAAUUAUGCAGUAUAGGACAUGAAGUUAAGUCUCCGGGACAUGACUUUUUAAGGUCAGACCCGAAAUUGCCCUAAGCAUUCGAGUCGAAGAUAAGCAACUACUGUGGAAUAAGCACGUAAUGCCCAUUCUACAAACAAGUAAUACUACGAGUAAUAUGAAAUCCAUAUGGUGAAUUUGUUAUACCGUACUUCCGACAUAGAUGCUAACUAAAUAUAUGCAUAGAUUGCGCGAUAUGCCAUACUUGAUAGCGUACGUAGUAGAUAAAAGCCCAGACGUGUGCUCUGCCGAUGCAUGACAUACACACGCAGUAAAUUUAAAAAGUGCGAAAUCAGAUUUUUUUUAUUCAUGACUCAUGAUUUUCAGUGCCCACACAACUGACGCGUCAGUCCUUAAUUGUGGCAAGCUACAAUCUCACUGCGAACAUAAGGAGUCCUAUUCCAAGCAAAUAUGGGGCCUAAUUAAAUGAUUAAACUAAAUGAGGGGAUGAAACCAACUAAAAAACUAAAGGAGUGAGAUCAGUGACAGUUAUUUUCCAGGCGCAAAUUAACCAUUCGUUGGAUAAGUUCAAGCUGAAGUCUAAGUUUUUUAAGCCAACCAAAAGACUAUCUGAAGCAUUUUUUCGGGUAUGAAUUGAAAACAGGCAUGUACAGCAGAAUUUAUUGAGGCCAAUAAAUACUGCUGUGCGCUUCCAUUCGUUACCUAUGUUAUGCAGAGACGGGCUGCAGUUGAUAAGCCGUCACGAAAUUUAUUGACCCCAGUAAAUUCUGCUGUACAUGCCUGUUUUCAACAUAUGACUAUCGUAUUUUGGUUUAUCAUAUAUGACCGAAAGGUGAGCUGCGAGGCUUCUUUUUCUAAACCUAUGCAUUUUAUCUACUUAACACCUCCCCCCCGCUAAAGUAGUAUUCGUUCCCAACCGAUAUACAGGACAAUACAGAGACGCGUCUUAAAAAGUGUGAUGAUCCUCGUGAAUUUCCCUGCUGAUGACACUAACCCCUUGUAAGAUUGAAAUGAAACAAGGGGGUGUGGAAUUACCACCUCAGAGCGCAAGGACGUUAGGAGUCACAUAGACAUUGUACUCAUGGGUGGGGGUUGGGAGAAAGGACACGGCACGGGAGUCAGAAUAGUCGGUUAACCGAACAAAAUACAGGGUUGCAGUUCAAUGGAAUUCCAGCUGACUAGUCACGUGCCAGCCGUUGUAGGAUCAGCAAGGGUUGAGACGUGAGAAACAUGGCUAACUUUCCUGAUCAGGUGGAAGUGCUUGAAAGGUGAGUGCCAUAAGGUGCAGAUUUCACAGACGUCCUUAAAAGUGCUAUACGGUGUAUCAGACGUUCCCAUGCCAUCUAAUUAAAGAAAUCACUAAUCAUUGGUUUGCAAUAAACGAGGAGUUGUUCGUUGACAAUGCGGCCAGAAUUGGUGGUAUUAAGACAGUCGCGUAAGUUUUGAGUAGUAGAUUCAUAGGCUUCCAAAGAAACCACGCACACCGUUUUUAGCUUAAUACAAAGCCCCUAAGCUCUGCUUCUGUGUGAAAAACCACGUAUACUACCUUGCAAUUCGACCGUCUUUGCAAUGCUUACUAAAUUUAAUUAUAAUCUUCAUUCUAGUUAUCAAUGGCUGUCUCUGAUCACCAAAAGCAAUGGAACUCCAUGGUUUCUGGACUACCUCAGGAGGCCUACGGGACCGGGCUCCAGAUGCCUCUGGCAGCUGGUGGAGGUAGUCUCCCGCGCCACUCUCUCCUUCUAAGACUUCUUUAUGAAGCCCCCAGUAUUUCUAGAAGAUGUUUAAUGAUAGUCUCCGACCGCGAGAUAAUUUGCAGUCGCAUGCCGUUCCUGUGAAGCAGUCAUCUACUUUUGCUUAUUGGCAAGAGUUUUGGACAGAAGAGAUCGAUUGUUUAUCUCAAUACAUCGAACUACCACAGCAAUUUCCAAUGGUAGGGAGCGCUCACCGAUCAUUCUUACGGAACUCACUCGUUCCGUUGUGCCUUUUGGGCUCUCUCUCGAGCCCAACCAGCAGCCACACAGCGGCGCAUGAUACGGGCAGAAUGGCACUAUCGACAAAGACAAGGGAGACUGGAAUGGCCAUUUCUGCCCUAUUGGCCGUCGUCAGCCAGUCAUACCCAACCCCGAAGUGUGGCACACCCGAGGCUCGAACUCGCGACCUGUUAGUAAGAAGUCCGCGCCUCUGGGCCAGGAGCCCUUUGUCCUGUCGGUUUCGAUCGGUAAUAUACAAAAUAUAAUUUCCCCCGUCGUAAGCGGCGAAGUUCAUUGUAGCUUCUUAAUUUCCUUAGAAAUUAACUGCGAACUUGGAGUAGAUCAGUAUAUUUAAGGUCUAUAGGCUCAGACCUAAGUUUUUAUGUAUGAAUAUUUCGGCCAAAGUCCAUCAGCCACAGCGGAUAACCGCGUAAUAUUCAUUAACUGCCAACAGGCAGCUAGUAGUAUACUUUGAGGUAAGGCGAUACCAUACUCACAACACAGGUACUAACCAAAAGCCCAUACACGCGUGUUUCACCGAUAUUCUGCCGCUGCAUGACACAGUUGCGAGUGGUUCUGCUCGUCAGUGGGUCCCCCAGCAUUCCCUGUCUGCUUUCUGGUAGAAAUUCCAAUUUAGAAAUUUUAGCUUUUUAAUCUCCUUAGAAAUUAACUGCGAACUUGGAGUAGGUCAGUAUAUUUAAGGUCUAUAGUCUCAGACCCUCGCAGCUGUGUCAUGCAGCGGCAGAAUAUCGGCGAAACACGCGUGUAUGGGCUUUUGGUUAGUACCUGCGCUGUUAGUAUGGAAUUACCUUACCCUAAAGUAUACUUGCAGCCGCCUGUCGGCCAUUAAUGAAUAUUGCACGAUUAUCCGCUGUGGCUGAUGGACUUCGGCCCAAAUAUUCAUGCAUAAAAACUUCCGUCUGAGCCUAUAGACCUUGACUAAACUGAUCUACUCCAAGUUCGCAGUUAAUUUCUAAGGAAAUUAAAAAGCUACAAUUUCUAAAUUGAAGUAUCUACCAGCAAGAAAACAGGGAAUGCUGGGGAACCCAUUGACGAGCCGAACACCUCAAAGCUGUGUCAUGCGGCGGCAGAAUAUCAGCGAAACACGCGUGUAUGGGCUUUUGGCUAGUACCUGUGCUGUUGGUAUGGAAUCACCUUAUCCUAAAGGCGAAGUUCAUUCCCUGCCCCAUGGAGUGGAUAAAGCGCUGGCACUCGCACGCAUUCUCCCCCCUCCCCUUCUCCACCUUACUCCGAUAAAAAGACUGUGUCAGGUUAAUCGGAGACGGACUUGGACGCAAUGACUGACAACGCUAAACGUCCCGUAUACGCGGCGUCAUAAGAGCCGGUCUGGUUCUCGGGGGAACUAGUUUAUCCUGUCAGUUGUCAGCCUGCGAAACCGCGUCUGAGCGUCGUGGUAGAUUUAAAUGGAUCAGAUUUGUUAGGAUGAGGAAUCGACUGAUUUUCCGCAUGUAAAGCAGGCGUUAUUGGCUUGCGCGAGCCCAGCGUAGUCCGACAAACGCUUAUUGUGGGCCCUAGUGACCCCCGUUUUGCUCCAGCGCAUCUAUAACAGGACUCGUUGUCCGAUCCGUAGCUAACACCAGAACAAAUAUAGUGGAAAUUGUCCUUUGCCUUAAUAGUCUUUUUCUCAGGUAAUACGAACCCGGUUUUCUUUAAAAUUUUCAGUCAUAAACUUCAAGGUUAUGACAAGUUGUGUUGUAUACUCUUUAAUAUUUCCAGACCGUCUGAGUAGUGGCACAUAUAAAUGUCACGCUAAAUAAUGUUAAAUUAUUUCCAUGGCCUAAUACAAGUCAUGGAAAAAUUCCUUUCACACCGAUAUUAAGAUGUGCUAAUUGUGUCGUCGAAGGGGUUUUCACGGAAGUGAGAUCAAUGCAGCACUGUGAAACGAGAAAAGUGAGGGAAGAACAUGUUGAGGUGGUAUGGUCGACCACAGGAAGGUUUCCAAUUUAGAGGCCAGGGAAGACGGAUUGGGUUGUACAACUUUACACUAGACGCUCUUCAAGCAGCUGCCAUAAGCCGCCUCUCCAGUCAAAUUGUAUUGUCCCGUGUCCGUCGGCGAGGUUUGCGCCUUCGCUCAGCCUCACUUAGCGUCCGCCAGCCAAUCAGAGGAGGGACAGCGUCGAUUGGCCUCGAGCUCUCGCGAGGCUAAAAACAAUCCUCGCGAAGUCUCAGCAUCGACAGCAAACGUGAAGCGGACAAGAGGGGCAGCUAGACAAGGCGGCGGAGAGCAAAGAACAGCAGACUGCCACCGUCAUUCUCUAUGAUCAAGCUAGCAUUAAGGGCUUUUGAAAUCGCAUGCACACCGGGCUACGUACCCCGAUUUUCGCUUACCUCUGCUGACUAAACGCAACAGUCCCCAGUAUUGGCAUUCGUUCUUUGUGGUAUCCUCCACACUUUCCUCGUUGCCCCUUAUUUGGAGUCCUCCAACUGCAUAUACUCACCCAAAAGUUUAACUGUUUUCGGCAGAGCAGGGAAUUCCGGGACUUAGUUUGAACAAAUCCAAGGCUUCGAAGCUUGCACAGUCAUUUGGCGUCAUACAUCCUGUGAUCCCAUCUUCAACCGUAACAGCCAUAGCAUAUUCACAAAGGCAAAAGUCAUGAUAGGAAAAGCAAUUUAGCCAAAAAGCGAUAUAGACACUUGAAGGAGAGGUAGAAUCAUUCGAAAUUUUAACGGGCCGCUGAGGAGGCAGUUGGCAUAGGGGAACCGUUUUUUGACUGCAUCGAUGACUCCUAAAGCUGAGAACAUUAGUCAGUAGUGUUGGCGGAAGGAGUGAGAAUAGGGCGGGGUGAACCACGUGGUCCUUCUGCUUGCACGGUCCUAACUUUCCCAGCCCGUUUUUCGGUGGACUCUGAAUAGUGCCGAAAGCGCCUAAGUCGUCCUUCGAAGUGUCUCCGCACGUGGUUACUGUCUAACAGGUGAAUCGUGGUCGGGCCUUAUUUUCUGAUCUCAGCAGUCAUUCUAGUUCACAGUCAGCUAACGGAGUACCCGGCUUCUUUUUCCUGUGCACAGUUUAUUUGUGCCCUCAAUUUCGAGAACAUUCGAAAACACAGAUUGGGCAACGGUAUAGAGAAGGACCCCACUUAAGUGUCAGUAGACUGUGGAUCGUGUCAUAUGGGUUUUAUCUUGGCAUACGUUCGCAGGCUAUUGCCGAAAUUACACUGCCAUCAACGAUUACCUCCCAGGAUCUCACACCUUAACUCAAAAGUCGUUAUUUUGUGAAAUUUACUUUUUUUUCUUGUUUAAUUAUUAUUCGCAUUUCCGUUGUCGUACAAUUACGUAGGAUAAGACUCGGCACAAAUCCAGGCAAUUUCUGUGUUUUCUUUCAUUAUGUCAGCUUAAUGUCUAGCGUGCUGGUUCUUCCAUAAAAUUCCAUUUACCACAAAUCACGUAUGGCACGAUCCACAGCCUAUUGAAGGUUAAAUGGGGUCCUUCCCUAUACCACUGCCCACAGACUGAUGUGGGACGCAUAGGUAUGGCAUCUUUAAUUGGUCUAACAUGGUUGGCCGUCUAUGGGGCUUGCGAAAGUGUCCUGCCCCUAAAACGGGCCUCGCGGUUGAUGAGUUUAACCAACACAUGGGCAAGAUCAGAAUUCGGCAGGCGUUAUUGUACAUCGAAACCCAUAACAAAUGUCAACGCUGGGGUGUGGUGAUAUGCCCGUUACUGUUUCACGGCCGCGCCGAUUGGGAUUCGUGCCGUCUCGCUGCUUUGUUUCGUACACGAUGUGAACAAGGGGUUGUGAUGAUACGUCUAGGCAAGGGUUUUAGCCGUGCCAGCCACCUGCGCUCCCUCUCGCCUCCGGUCUUCUUGACUAUUUCUUGACCCCGGAUCCAAGCGAAGGGAGAGUGAAGAAAAUGCAGUGCAAGUCUACUACCACCGUAAACUAAUUCACGUGCAACUCACCGUUUCUGCUCUCACCCUGCUGUGGAGCACACAGUGAACAUCAUCGGAAACAACGGUCGAACUGGCAACGCAGGUGUCUAUCAGUUCGUGGCCCGGCAACGUGCUGCACUGAAUCAGAACGGAGAUGAAACAGGCUCUCGAAACUCGUUUGUCGCAGGGCUCAUUGUGUACGCAAGGCUGUAAUAAGUGGUCAAACAUGUGUGUGUGGCGAUACGCCCUACACGCGGACAUUCACGCCUCACCAAACAACUGAUUUACAAGGUUGGAUAGUCAACUGUUGCAUGGGAGAGGGAGGGGAGUCUGAGGACGCAAACUGCAGAGCCCACUCCCGUGAUAAUUCAUCGCAUUCAUCACUGCAAGUAUUUCGACGCGUUUGAGUCUAACACUAUGCGUAAACAGCGGCGUCAUAGAAGAGCGACAACUGACGGGAUAACUGGGCCCUUUUCAGGACUGAGAGUCAGUCUGCGUUCACUCCCUGCCAAUGUGAUUUUUGUGGCCUCCUCAAUGAUGUGAUGGCCGAGUCGCUCUCAGUGUAGCCCCGUACAUCUGGAGUGAGAGCUAGAUCGUGAGCGGCACGCGCAGACCGGCUGUCGUCCCUGUCAUCCCGUGGGACGGCAUUCAUAUUUACUCAUUUUAGCACAGUCUUGCCAUCAGAGCAAGGUGUGUGUCAAGGAUUGGGGGUGCAAUAGCCAUUCCCUAAGUCUGCUUCAUUAUGAAUCACUUAAGGCGCAAGUUACAGACGCUAAGUACAGUGCGUGACCGAUCUCAUGAAAUAUUGGUCCAAAUUCUGGAAUGCGUUUCCGAUUACGAAGGAUUCCUUAAGUGGGGUCGUUAUGCUGAUUAUCAUGCAGCAUAUCCCUAUAACAUUUCGGGCUUGCCAGGAUGUCGGCUUUUGAAUGCACGUCUUUUUGACCUCCUGCCGUAACCAUACUUGGUAUAAAAUGACUACUUAAGUAGCAUGCAUUUUUCCUAUUGAUUUUUGAUGGUCUUAUAAAUUCAGAUAUAUUUUAUAGAUAACAUGCACAAAAAUAUGCUUUCUUUUGCUCAUUUGGUAGGAAGUCACAUUGUUUUCAUAUUUUAUGCCCGAAGAAAGUGUAUAUUUUCGUUUUAAAAAGCUUUUAAUUAUGAGAUUUUUAAGGCAGUGCGAUGUUCAUGCAUGCAAGACCGCAUAUGUCCCUUUACUAAUGCUUCUCAUGAUAUGUACAACACAGUCCGGAUCCAGUGCGAAAUUUCAUGAACUCUAUGUAAUAUCUUCUUAAAGGCCUGGAGAAAUAUAUGAUUUUCCUUACGCGGAAAGUAUGCACCUUGUAGACUGAAAUUGCUAAACGCUGAUGCAAUGGCAGAUCAGGCUGAAAAUUAUUCGGGAUUUGGGAAACUUUUUUUAAAACCUAAAUACACACUUUCGUCGAGCAUAGAAUAGGAAGACAAUGUGAUUUCCCAUCAAAUGAGCAAAAGAAAGCGUGUGCAUUUUCUCUAUAAAAUAUAUUUGAAUUUAUAAGACCAUCGAGCAUCAAUAGAAAAAAUGCAUGCUACUUAAGUAGUUAUUUUAUACCAAGUAUGGUUACGGCAGGAGGUCAAAAAGAAGUGCAUUCAAACGCCGACACCCUGGCGAGUCGGAAAUGUUAUAGGGUUAUGCUGCAUGAUAAUCACUUAAGUAAUCCUUCGUAAUUGGAAACGCAUUCCAGAAUUUGGAGCAACAUUUCAUGAGAUCGGUCACGCACUGUACACCUCUUGUGGUAGGCUGUAUAAUUCGCCUUUUUUGACGGCUGAACUGAAGUCGCCGCAAGUUGUACCUUGGAAAAGUCUCCCGUUCCGGUUGACUUAUUUUCUUCCUUUAAAUGUCAGUAGAGACUCGCGGGCUUUUCGGUGCAGACAAUGCUAUUGGAUUUUCCGGUUAAGAAUGGCCAUAUAUUUCGAUCAGUUGUUCCGGUUGCCAUUACAAUGAAAGAUGCAUUCACGACAGUAUGGCACUUCACAUGCAACGCUAUUUUAGCCUUCUCAAAGUUUUUUUAAUUUUUACUUAUAAAUGCCCCUCUUACAGAGCAAGUUCAAAUUCUCCGAUUUCAUUAAUAGACAAGAAUAUUUUUUCGUAAAAUCAUAAGCAUCAAACUGUUUCCAUGUUAUUAUAAUGAAAUGGUUAAAAUUGCCACACAUCUCGCAUUCAUUAUUCGUGUCACAAAGCGACAUGGUGUAUUUGUAAAUUUACCUAAAAGCGUUUUCGCCUCAAUGAAUAACGUUUUUUGCAAAAAAAAUGACGUUUUGCAUAUUUUUUCAGCUGGGACUGGUGAUCCGCUUUUGGACAGCAGUUACCAGCAGGCAAGAGACAAUGCGGAAUUUUAUCGCAAUCAGCUGGAGAUGUUGCGCGAGGAAGUGGAUGAUCAGAACACAAGAACUAGUCAGCACUACGAGGAAAAGGUAUUACCGGUCCUUUUGAAACCAAUUGCAGAAUCAUUGCUUAAUCAACUUCGAAAAAUGGCUUUGAAUUGUUGUUCACAAGAAAGUAAAAGCAAGAGGCACGGAGGUUGGGCUUUCGAGUUUACUAUCUGCGUAAACAUUAAUAAAAUCGAAACCGACGUCUACGAUGUGACAGGACUCCUUGCGACUUCUCUCUAAAAUCAAUGCUUUUAAUGUUUUAAGUAGCUCGUUUAAAUGUUCUCUUUAGGAGAAUGCAUCUUCCGAAUAUAGAAUUGACCAUCUUUAACGGAAAGCGUUGUUUUACUUGAGUGAAGGCCACGUUCUUACAAGUUCAUGCUUAUAUUUUGCCAGUACACAGUUUAUGUGGUGGUUAAAAAUCGCAUUUCAGCUAUUAUUAGCACAACUAUCAGAAAAAAACCUACAAAUCCCCUGUCUUUCAGAUCGGCACCCUGUCUGAACGCGUCGAACACUUACAAAACCUACUCACGCAGGAGAACUUCCGAGUUGAACGUCUAAAUGGUGAAUUGGAAUUGGCCAACGCGCAACUGAACGAGGCUCACGAGAACGAAGCUAAUUUGGAGAAUAUGAUUAAUGAGCUGAAAGCGGCUCUGAAACGAAAGCAAACUGUUUCCGUCGGCGACUAUCCACAAACCCCAGGAUCCAAUGAUGGGUUCCUCAUACAGGCCAAACAAGCGGAUACUCAACACUCUUCUCUCCCGCCAAUCCUACUUAACGGGGAAGCGCACGAUGUCAGUAUGAAAUUAAAUGUAGUUUAGAGUGCCUACUUUAGAUCACCUAGUAACAACUAUUUACUAUUUUUUACAGGACGUUGCACCAGCGGAGCAAAGUGCACAGGCUCUUCUGGAUAGCAUUAGAAAUUACUUCCUUAUGAAUCAGGAAGCCUACGAUGCUAUCAAAAACACGCCACUCGCCAGUGGAGGACAACUGGAUAUCUUUACUGCCAGACAGCCGGAUCAGUUUGCUUCCGGUGGGCUUACUCCAGAGGGCAGUAACACUUUCUUCUCACAGCCAAAUGUUCGAAGGUACCUAACGACACCUGAUCAUUCCAUGAAUUCCAUCUUCAACUCCCAGACACAUGUGGAAAAUUUCAAUGUUUCCAAGCUCUCUGAAGAACUGGAAGCGAGAAUAGAGGCUCUGCAGGUGAGUUAGCCUGAUUGGAUAUCAACGUUUACCUAUAAGCACGAUUUUCCUGAAAACAUACAACUCCCCGAAAUCCUCCCAUACCAUCCGCUGAUCUGAUUGGUCCUCUUCUUCUCGUUCAUGCAUCCAUUGCAUGCUCUUGAGAGUCUGUUGAACUACCACUUCGUCCAGGAAGGUAUGACGUAAAUGGUAAUGUUCUCACGAACUAACGAGUUAUAUCGCACGAGCCCCUCUCCUUAAAGGCAGCAAGUAAAAGUGAGCAGUGAAUAAUAUAGAGAUUUUGAACGUCAGGUAACCUGACAACAGAAUGCGACAAUAAAACAUGUGAGGAAGGCGGGCUGUACAGGUGUGUUCUUUUUCGUCACAUUCAAACAAGCAAUCUGGUCAAAGAAAAUGGGACUAAAUUGUCAAAGGUAAAGUAGUUCGGUACCUCACCACAAGUAGUAUUUUCCCUCAUCUCUGCUUCACAGAUUUGACGGAGUUGUCGCUCUUUCAGUCACAUGCGCACACACACAUUGCUCUUUCCCCACAGCAACAACUGGAGGAGGAGACAGGCUACCGGGAUGAUCUGGAACUGGAGUCACAGGAGAUGCGCAACAGAAUUGCAAACCUGACACGUCAGCUGCGUCGGCAGCGUGAUGAGCACGAGGAGGAGAUUCUAGAGAAGGAUCAGGCACAUCUGAAAAAGGUACGAGAACUCACGGAGACCGUCGACGACCUCGGCAAAGAAAAGGCAGCCCUGGAGAAGCGGUGCGCAGAUCUGCAAAUCAAACUGGACGAUCUGCGCCAGGCUCCUGAGCUCAGCGAUGAGGAUGAAGGUGAGGAAUCUUGUUUCAGUUCAACUCCUUAUAAAUUUUUUUAGACAUUUCAGACUAAAAUUUUCUUUCAGCCUCCUUAGGAUGUCUAAAAGUAAAUGUAUGCCCGAGCUCGAAAUAGUUUGCGGCUGGCCACUUCGUUAAGAAGAAGACACGACUGCUAGGGCAAGAACUUUAUUAGCCUGACGUCUCUGAUUCCUGCUCGAACUCAUCAUCAGAGACAAUAGUGGAUACGGGUGGUUUCAUGCACAAGGGGUCGCAGUACUUAUUAUAGGAUGCAGUCGGUAGCAUGGAUAUUGCAUCUUAUAAAUACUGCAGCUCAUUGUGCAUGAACCAGCCGUAUGUGAUAUUUUAUCUGAUGAUGGGUUUGAGCAGGAAACAGGAACGUCAGGCGAAUGAAGCUCUUGUCCCAACGAUCGUGUCCCCUUCUUCACGACUGCUUUCUGGGACUCGUCUCCUCGCUUCAAUUGGCUAGUCACUUCUAAUUACGCGACUUUUGAAAAAUAAUUUCUCCCAGCAUAACAAACAAGGAAUGAACUUAUGUGAUCGGAGUUAGAACUUCGCCCACGGGAUAUUUUGUUAACGAAGUUGAUGACAUCUGCGUUAUAAGUGUAUGUGUUAAGCAGCAUAUGCGCAGUCUGAAUAUUUAAGCGGAGAUUUCAAAACCAUGACUUCGAUAUGCCUGGAGUCACAAAGUUUAGUUGGAAUGAAACAUAACCACACCCAAUCCUGAAGUUAACCCUCAGACCAUUAACCCUCAAUCCCGUGAACCCGUCAACUCUCAAUACCGAUCGCAGCUGACUGCUCUUUAUAAUGGAAGAGGAGACACGAUCACUAGGACAAGAGCCUUAUUCGUUUGACGUUUUGGAUCCCUGCUCGAAUCCAUCAUCAAAGACAGUAGCAGAUACUAUUGUCUCUGAUGAUUGGUUCAAGCAGGAAUCCGGAACGACAGGCAAAUAAAGCUCCUGUCCCAGCGAUCGUGGCUCCUUCUGCAUGACUGCCUCCUUGGACUCGUCUCUUCGCCUUUAUUGCUCUUCAUAAUGCCUGCUAGAGCGAUGCCAGCAAAACCAGUUGCCGACAAUUGCAUCCCAUAUAAACGCAGGCAUUUUAAAACUCUUUAUUUCAUACUUAGCCCUAGACCAAUUAACGAUUGAACUUUACCUGUGUAAAACAUACUUCAUUAGAAUUGAAUUUUCAGCCAUUGUUAAUGUAAGGAUAACCGAAUUGUGCUAUCAUACAAGGUUACAGCAUUUACUCAUUCUGUGGGUUUAUGGUGCACACUGUCACUGAACCAAAGUAGUCUAACGAAAUGCUUAUAGUGGAUAUGCUGUAACAUUUCCAGGGUCGGUAGUCAAACGUUGUCGUCUACCCAGCGAAAGUAAAUAGCAGUCAUAAACGCACGGAUUUCAGAUGGAGGAUGGCUGAUUUUCAGUCUUGCAUGAUUCUGGCAUUUUUUACGGAAAAUGCAUAUGAUUGUGGAAACUAGUAUAGAUUUUCCAUCACAAUGAAACCCAUUCCUAAGUACGGGGCCUCCAAGUCCAAGUUAACCACUACAUUUGACAGCUGAAUUUGAAGUCUCCGGGUAACUUCUGCGCAACGUCUAUCUUUCAGUAACCGACGAACUUCGCGACACGCAUGCCCGAGUGGUCGCCGAAAACAAACGCUACCUUAAGGAACUCGAGCAUCUGCAGGAGGAGUUCGAUCAGUUCAAGGCUGAAAAUAAUCUCGAGGAGGUCACAAAACAGGUGGGCCGAAUCAAAAUUAUGAUAUGCUGCACCGUCUCUCUUACCAUCUUCCUAUAAACCUUCGGGGGAAAACUGAUAUUCAUUUAUCAGAGACUUCUACCAGGGGCAAAACUGCAAACUGCUGCCACUUUUUGUGUUCAUAUUUCUCGAUUCUGAAGUUCUGUUUGCUAAAUUCGCUCCCAACAGGUGGCGGAGAGAGAUCUGAAGAUUUCUCAGUUGGAGGUUGCCCAGCACCACGCCAAAUCCGACAUUGAGAUCCUCAACGUUCGUCUGCAGAAUGCAAAUUCUCUGUUGGAGGAGGUAAUGCCUUUAGCCCCCCACUUCCCCUUCCCUGCCCCCUGAUCGCAUGACAUCUAUUUCCACAACAAAAUGAGCCCGAUUUUGUCGUCAUGUAGAACGAACAGAGGCUGAGAGUGGCGACCAAGGAGCGACAGAAUCUCGUCCACCGCAUUGCCCAGUUGGAAACGGAGCGCGACACGGCCGUCCGGGAGGCAGCCGCGGCCAGCGGGCGUGCGGGUGCUGAGCGUGAAGCCUCAGCCGCUCGCCAGCGUGAUCUGGAGAAUAUCAAGGAGGAGCGGGAUCUGUUGCGCCGUGAAGUUCUGGAGGUCAAAAUCUCCCUCACUGAGUCCACAACCAAGGCGCAGGCAGAGAAGGUCGCUCUGGAGAAACGUCUGGCGGAAUUGGAGACCACCGCCGCGAAGAGAGAGAAUGACCUCAAAAUGGAGGUGGAAAGGUUGCGCGACCAGGUCGAGAACCUUCAGGUAGGUUAACUUGUUUCCAUUGGGUUUUUGGGUUAUUUCUAUACUUUACUGUUGUUUUCAGCGGAACACAGGCAUUCACCACCACUGUGGGUGCAUCCUUUUCGCGCAUUUCCAUGAUUUUCGUGCGUUGCAAUGAACGACCACAAAGUAGAGUUGUUAGCACUUACGUUGGUAGUUACGAUGUUAUGUUCACUAUUAGUAGUAGCCGCGGCAGUGGUACUAGUAGCCGCAGUGGUAAUGGUAGUAGCAGCAGUAGUAGUAGUAGUAGUAGUAGUAGUAGUAGUAGUAGUAGUAGUAGUAAUAGUACGAGUAGUAGUAGUGGUAGUAGUAGUAGUAGUAGUAAUAUUAGUAGUAGUAAUAGUGGUAGUAGUAGUAGUAGUAGUAAUAGUAGUAGUAGUAGUAGUAGUAGUAGUAGUAGUAGUAGUAGGAGUAGUAGUAGGGGUGGUAGUAGUAGUAGUAUUAGUAGUAGUAAUAGUAGUAGUAGUAGUAGUAGUAGUAGUAGUAGUAGUAGGACUAGUAGUAGUAAUAGUAGUAGUAGUAGUAUUAGCGCUAGUAGCAGCAGUAGCAGUAGUAGUAGUAGUAGUAGUAGUAGUAGUAGUAGCACUAGUAACAGCAGUAGCAGUAGUAGUAGUAGUAGUAGUAGCACUAGUAACAGCAGUAGUAGUAGUAGCAUUAGUAUCAGUAGUAGUGGUAGAGGAAGUGGUUGUGGUAGUAGUAGUAGUAGUAGUAGUAGUAGUAGUAGUGACAGCAGCAAAAGUGUUAGUAUUCGUAGUGGCAGUUGUGGCAGUAGUAGAGGAAGAUAAAGUAUUAGUAGUUCUAACAAAAGUAACGGUAAUAUUCCAAGGUAAGAUGGGGAAUAUAAGAACAUCAACUUGUCUUUUAGUAGUUAAAUUAUUUGAUUACCAGUACUGCACGUCCAGUCACUGUGUUCUUUGUGUCCGCCCUUCACUUUCAGUAGGUCUUGAUUAGUGAUAACUGCCGAUACCAGUUUUUACAGCGCCCUCAUUGAGAUUUGCAUCCCCUCUGGUUCUUCGUCAUUGGCAAUAGGCCUGAAUUCUCUUACUCUAGUAGUAGUCAAUGAUACGGCAAAUUUUCGCACCGAAAAUCUAACAUACCUCUUCCCCUCCCUCGCUUCUUCCGCCCUCCCCUCCUCUAGCAAGAACUUACUGAGACACAGAAGCUCGAGUCGACCGCCAAAACAGAUAAUCGGCAUUUGAAACGUCAGGUCACGGACCUCCAGGACAGCCUGGAUACCUACGUGCGAAAGGUCAGUGAUCUGGAGAGGCGCAGUUCAGACCUGUACGCGGAGCUCGAUCGUGCCAAGGCUAGCCUGACCGCGGCUCGGGAGACAGCAACCCUCCUUCGGGAAAGACAGACCCGAGCCAAUGAGGACUGCAGCAUGAUGCUGGCCGACGACGUCCAGGUUUCCGAUGAUGAGAGUAGCUCUGCCUACGAGGCUUACUCACGCACAUCCGCGGACAACUUUAACAGUAGUCAGACGCUGGAUAGGCCUCUCAAGCGGUGAGUCCUCCUUAGGACAGCCUCGGUAGUCAAGCAUCAGUUUCAUAGUUAGACUGGCUGAAAAGAACAUUUUGCCCAAUAGGAGAAGGCUGUUUACCGCUGUGUGUUCCGUUUGCAAAUAGGCAAAAGAAUAGAACAAUCGAAGUCAAACGACGGUUGGCCAAAUUACAAAUAAGAAAAAAGCAAGCUCCAGAAGGUACAGUAGGUGGGCUAAUUCAUGAAAUGCCAGCCGAAAUUCUGAAAUUCGUUUUCGAUUCGAAAAGAUUUAUUAAAUAGGGUUGUAAAAUUAAUCAUUGUGCAGCAUAAUUCUAUAAUAAUUCAGUUGCCUCACGAUGCCGGCUUUCGAACGAACAUUUUUUCGGCUGCAUUCAAAAUUAUGCUCUGUAAAAAAUGACCACUUAAGUAGCCUGCAUUUUUCUUAUUGAUUUUCUAUGCCCCUGAAAAUUCAAUUAUAUUUCGUAGAAAACAUGCAUAAUAAGUAUUCAGUUUCUUGCUCAUUCCGUAGAAAGUCACAUCUUCUUCCAAUUUCGUACGCGAAGGAAGGGUAAAAUUCGGUGUUAUAAAGGUUUCUAAUUGCGAGCUUUUUUAAUACUGUGAAAUGGCCCUUCAUAAAACGUCAUGUCUCCUCAUUUACCAAUGUGACUUGUAAAGUAAAUAAUAGGGCUCAAAUCCACUGCUACAUUUUAUGAACCCCAUAUAGUCUCCUCUUAAUACCGUAGAGAAAUGUAUGGUUUUCCGUACGCGGAAAAUAUGUGGCUUGUAGUUUUGAAUCCCUGAAUGCAAGUGGAACGGCAGGUCGGGGUUCAAAAUUAUUCGGGAAUUAGAAAAUUUUUUGAAAACCAAAUUAUGCCUUUCUGCCGAGUAUAAAAUUGGAAGAAGAUGUAAUUUUCUACCGAAUGAGCAGAAGAAUAAAUAUUUUAGUACAUUUUUUCCAUGAAAUAUAAUCGAAUAUUUAAGGGCAUCAAAAAUCAAUGAGAAAGGUAUAAGUAGGCCUUUUUAUAGAGUAUUGUUUGUGCCGGCAGCCGGGAAGAAGUUCGUUCGAAAGCCGGCAUCCUGAGGUAAUUGAGUUAUUAUAGAAUUAUGCUGCACGUUGAUUAGUUUUGCAACCCUAUUUAAGUAAUCUUUUCGAAACGAGAACACAUUUCGGAAUUUCGGUUGGCAUUUCAUGAUUUAGCCCACCUACUGUAGUUGGGAGGAAGGAGAUGCGAUCUUUGGGACAAUAACUUUCGCCGUGUGAGCUUCUGCAUUCUAAAUCGGACUCAUAAUCAGAGACGGUCGCAGAUAAUGGUACUGAACGGACGAUAUGUGCACUAUUUACGGGACACAUUUGGUAUGCUACCGCGUACAUACCAUAAUUAGCAGUUCUUGUAUUCACCGUCGGUGGUCGUAAUUGGUCCAACGAUUGCUUUCCCUGUUUAUAACGGCCCCCUGGAUUUGGAGUUACACAGACGACGGGCAAAGUGACCGAAAGACCCAUUGCCACGUCAGGUAACGUCUGAAGUCGUUUGAGGGGUCUGAUGCAGGUGCGGCAAAGUGGCCGGGGUGGCGGAGUGAGCACAGCUUCCGGCGUCAGUACCAGUGAGCCGAAGGGCUGAGUAGCUGUCAGGCCACUAAUCAACACCGAUGCUGACGAGCGAGCAAUGAUCCCACCGAUUUCGUCCACCGUUGAUGAAUGUGGGGGCUGCCAAUUAUGGUAAGUAAGCGGUCGCAUGGCAACUGACUCCUAUACUGAGACUCCUGUACAUUCAGCACUCUAAUAUGAGGCCGUUAAGUGAGUGGGAUUCCCACUACACCGACCGCAUCUUCCUUUUCCUACCGAUUCACCAUUUUCGCCUUAGUAAACCUCGGAGUUUUUGUCGGUUUUGGAGUGCCUCUUCCACGUACCUCCGAGCUACUUCUUGGUGCAUGCAUUCUCAACUUACCGUUCGCUUUUUGGCAUUCCUCCCAAGAACUUUCCGCUGCAUGGUCAAUCUACUUACUGUCUUUCUAACCACCGUUACUCCGUACUCGUGUAUUACAAGCGACACUGGAGUAAAUAAGCUAAAACAAACAAACCAGUCAUGCAAGAUAUUUAACUGAUACCCAGGCUACUACUGACCCGAUUUGGUCUAUCGGUUACGCCAUUUUCCGCCUGCUACCACCCAUAUCGUUAACUCCCAUUCUACCAUCCAAGUAAAUAAAAGACUUGAUCUCGAUUUACCACUUAACGAAUACGACUGCCGUUCGCAGACCUAUCAUAAGAUGCGGAAAUUUGUUCGGUGAAGGGGGUGACGUUCGCGAUAAGGCUGAGUUCACGGCGUCGUGACGGCGACUCACUGUUACAGGUCGCUACUCGCACCCAAGGGCAAGGCCACGAGUUCAACUUCGCGAGUACACGGAAUGAUGGUGCGAGCCAGUUAUAAAACAGGGCGAGGACUGAGGGAUUCCUGGGUGUCUGACACCAAGUCCAUCAGCGGACACGUCAAUAUACCCCCUGCUAACGCGCGCUUCCUUCUUGCGGCCAAGUGGCGCGACCCAAUUCCCAGCUAGUGGCGCACGCCGUCUCGACGGCGUGGACUCAGCCUUAUUGUGAACACCAUCCCCCUCACCCCAACACCCCCCCCCUUUUUGUGGCUGCAAAACUGUUCAUUUGGCAUUGCCUUCUCACAGGCUGAUGAGUGUACUGUCCCAGUGAUUGCGCGUUCAUCUUCUUUGCAACAAGAACCUGGGACUCGCAUAUUCACUUCUAUUUGUAGAGUGCGCAGAGAGCAACGGUUAUGGUUAUUCAACCUUUAUUGCGUGACUAGGUUACGAGGGGACUCAACCCCUGGAGGACCUUUUUGCCAAAAGCUGGUCUCAAUUUAUCGUCUAUAAAAUGAAAUGUCUACUCUUGUUGUGUAAGUAACACUUUAGCAUCACAAUUUUGUCAGUGUGUGCGUCCCUGUUUUCUUCCUAAUGUUCUGCAGUGGUUUUAACGUGAACCCGCGGUUUUGCUGAAAGUUUGCAGUAUCAUAAAAUAUAAACCGUCAGUAAUGGAAAUGUGGUGCGAAGACAGUAUGUCGAAAGGAAAAAGAGAGUUCACAAGGAGAGGUAGAACACAUUUCGUUUUCAUGCCGAGUGCUCACCGUUAAAUAAGUGACGGAUACGAACUGGGCAUUUGAAAUUGACCGUUAGUAAGAAUGCGUUAAAAGUUAGAAACAGACACGGGGUACAUUCUCCGACAAUUUAAAACUUCCAGUAUUGCUAUGCUGCCUUAAAAUCAUCGGGCAGCGUGUACUAGGACCUUAUAAGUGCAUAAUAAACUGGAAUAGGUCUAUUUGGCACGCCUCCUGAGCUGUGAGUUUUCAUAUUCAAAUGAGAACGAAACGUGAGAAUCCAUCUCAUGGCACAUCAGUGCGUUUCGCACAGAAAAAAAUAAAUCUGAUGUUCACUUAUCUAUCAUGAUGCGAUAAAAUAGUGGCUUUCAAGGCUGGCAGUUGACGGAAGGUUCGGUCACUCACAGGUCGGAGAGUCAAGAUACAGCGAGUCCUUCUAAAUGUGGCCUCAAGAGCAUCAUCACCGAUGCGAGGUCCGGGUCGCAAUUAUUGCGGUUAGGCUGUUUACCCUUGUCAAUCACCGCGUCCUACCCCGCCUCCGUUCGUUCUGGCAUUGUUUCAUCAUUCGUGUAAUUAUCUAUCGUACUCACAACACAAGUACAAGCUAAAAUCCCAGAAACGCGCGUCUCGCCGAUUUUAUGCGCUGCCCAACGCAGCUGCGAGGGGUAUGCCUCAUUAGUGGGUCCCCCCAGCCUUCCUGAGUGUUUUUCGACAUGUAAACGCCAGUUUAAUCUUCCCCUGUUUAAUUUCGAGGGAUUUGAGGCGCGAACUUGGAGUAAAUUCUUCGGAAUAAACCUUUUCAGUAUGGAAAAUAAUUACACAGUCGUAUACUACUGGCGGUUUGGGAGAAUUACGUGGUUUUUCCGCAGUAGCUGAUGGAUUUCAGUCCAAUAAUUCAUAUCAAAUUUCGGACCGAGCCUGUAAAGGUCUGUUCCGAUGAAUUUACUACAAGUUUGCGCAUAAAUUUCCCCCGACUUUAAACAAGGCAUUGUUUUAUCAUCGUAGGAUGUGCGAGGGAGCAGAAUGCGCGGUAGAUGCGGUGCAAGUCCGUCCUACUACAAACUAAUUGGGGCGCAUAGAGGCCACCCAGAGAGAUGCAGUGCAGGUCGUUUUUUGUGAUGGUUCAACUGGCUCUCAUUCCAGCCGUCCGGAUUGCAGUUGGGCGCUUCAAAAGGACAGAGGGGAAAUAGGGACUUUCGGCUGCAGAUAAAGUGGUAAUCUCCGAUGUCACGCAAGACGGGAAAGUGCUCUAUCUGAUGGUCUGUCUUUUGCCGCGAAUCUCAGAUGGGAGUCCAGUAGGCCGACACAUCGACAUCAUUCCGGCAUAUCAACCCUUGAGCUAUUAGCACCAUUCACUCCAAUUCAUAGUGAGUUUAGGGCGAUUAACAGUGAGGUACAUUAGAGACGAUUUGAUAUUUAUUGUGACGGAGGGGGGGAAUUAAGACGAUAAUCUACCAGGCAGCUCAACCAUCCAGUAGGUUAACUGGACCUCCAUCAGUCAAGUAAAUAACCUUUAUCUCAUGCUGACCAAUCAGAUGGUAAGCAGAAAUCGGUUCAGCCCAAGUAGCCAAUAAAGUUUAUCGGAAACAAGGCCAAUUACCUUGGAAGUCAUUGAAAUUAGUGUUCAGAUGUUCGUAUGUUACAGGCGAACUAGAAACAGCAGGCCCAAACGUUAAUCCGUGAAUGUGCUUGUCUCAAAAAUCUGCCCCACCAACCCCCUCCGCCCUCCCCCACAAACAAUUGUUUCAGCUACUUAUUUUCAAAGAGGACUAACAACCAUAUAACUUCCUGGAGGGAAUGCUGAAAGUCCUGGCUAACAAACCCUUUUGUAUGCGGGUAGAAUAAGAAUAUUUUUGCGUAAAUUUUAGUCAAAACAUGAGGUCAAGCAGCAAAGGUACCCCCUACUCCUCCAAUCGCUCUCUCUCGAGGCCGGGAGCCUCCUCAACUCUGCCACACUAUGGCUCCUAUAAACAACUCGCGUCUCACGCAAAGGAGAAGAGGCACCAGCCCCGAAUUGAGUACUUCUCCGCUGAACGGAAGAAGCCCUUCUCGGAUGCAAACACUACAGAUUCCGAUUUGGAUGCUAAUUAG